UAAACCUCAAGAAAGCACUGAAAGGGAGUACAACUUUUCUUUUCUUGAAUACAGAAGGCAAUCCAAACAGCUGUAUUAUGAAACUUCCUGUAACCACCAGCAACGCUUUGUUGUCAGUUUCAUUUCAGUGAAACCGAAACUUAAAAAGGAGCUGUGCAUGCUCUCACAAACACAGAGCUCAGAUAACCGACAACAGCAUACACAACGCAGGAUGGUGAAGAUGUCAAGAAGAGUGACCAGUUGCUGUGUAGCUCUUCUCUUUGCCUUGACCUCUGUGUCGGCUAUACGAAUACUUCAAUCAAUCAAUGAUUUGAAGAAAAUCGACUUUGGCCGAGCUGUGCCCGAGCACAGUGUUGUGCUGCUCCACUGGUUUGCCAACACAAUUGAAAUCGACAAUAACAAUAUAAUAUGGCUGAUCUUUGACCCAAACAGUGGUGAUUAUGGUGCACAUCAUUACGGCAACUACGAGGGGCUGCUGGACCCACUGCCUCUGGGACAUAUCGGAUACCAGUACUACACUGUUGGAAAUCUCAAUCAAGAAACGUCCAUGGAACUUCCAUCUUACGUUGUCGAUCCCCCACCAGAGUACGUGGGAACAAACAGAGACAGGAUCAUCAUUCGUGUCAGGGAGCAGAACACAGGACGGCAAGGUUUGCAAAGGAUAGAUCAAGUGUAUAUCACACAGCAUUACGACACUUCUGAAUACCAGGGUACACCUUAUGAUCCAGCUCAUACCUACAGGAUCACUACUAACCUCUUGAGACAGAUCAGAGAGUUUUCUGUGGGACAAAACCAACAUCAAUUGUCACGUCUUAGAAACCGCUAUGGAAGUAACGCUGAUGAUGUCCUGUUAAGGCACAUCAGAAACAUAUGGGAUGAACUUGCUUGCCUUGGACUGCUACUGUUUAUUGUGAUCCAAGAAAAGCACUCCAUUAACCAACACAACUACAGACCAAAAAACGACUACAGACCAGAAACCACAAACAGACCGGAAACCAACAACACACCGGAAACCAGACAAAAUGAUUUGUGUGAUGGUGCUUGCGUGCGCUGCUGCCUUUUUAUAACCAUUUUAGUUUUAGUAAUUUUUUUUUUGUUCAUUCGAAGCAGAUUCUAAGAAAUAAGGGAGAGCAAUGGUCUUUAUUAAUGUCUAAACCAAGGUGUGAUGAUUGCACUUUUUAAGGAUGAUAAGGAAUCCAAAAAAAAGACGUUAUAGCUUCUGUUACCCUGUUGGCUAAAAAGUAAUAUGGACCAAUAUGUAAUAUCUCUGUCUCAUACCCACUGGAUAAGAGAUAUCCUUUAUUUUCUUAGAUAAUGAAAAAAUCAUUUCAUGGUGUGGUUCGUCCAAUAUAUUUGUAAAAAUAUGGGGUCCAUUCGUGAAGUUCUUAAGAGGAUCCAUUUCGUACUUAUUCCUGAUUGAAGCAACUUUUGUGGUUUAAAGGGGUUGUGUUAUAGUGUUUGUUGUGGCUUUGGUGAUAUGCUGCUGUACUGAUUAGUCUGCUGUACUGUCUUUGUAAGUUGUUUUGGUUGUUAAGCUGUAUGUUGAUUAUCACUGUUUGUGUCUUUGUACAAAGGGAAUGUACACCUCUUUACUUUUUAUACCUGCUCUUAUGAUACAAUUGUAUGUUAAAUAUAAAAAGCGACGUCAUCACAUUGACACGGUGGAGGAAAGUGAAGUAUCUCCACACGUGAUGUGUGUCUGUCAAGACCCCUGAACAACAACAAAGAGUUGUUUCUUGUAUGCUUUGUUUUGUGUCCAGGUUUAAAUUACUGUAAACUGUAUUAUCGGUUUUAUAAAUGGUGUUUGGUUAAGAUUGAGAUACAAACCAUGUGCUAUGAAGAGCUGAGAGCCUUCAGGGUUUCAUUCCUGUGUGUCAAUUUCUCCAUUAAAAAGACGUCUUCCACAA